GUACACCUCCCCCGCCUCCGUCCGACACCGUCCGCUUCCAGCAUGAAGCUCGUGAUCGUUCUCUGCCUGGUGGCUCUGGCCUGCGCCGACCGGGACGCCAAGAUCGUCAACCACCAGUUCGAGAUCAACGAGGAUGGCUCUUACGACGCCACGUACGAGACCUCCAACGGCAUCCAGGCCCAGGAGAACGGCAUCUCGUACCCGGGCAACGAGCCGGAGACGGGCAACUACGUGAGGACUGGCUCCUACAGCUACGACUGGGAGGGCGUCACCUACACCGUCACCUGGACGGCCGACGAGAACGGAUACGUCGCCGAGGGCGACCACAUCCCUAAGUAGACCCGUCCCCAUCGGUGCCACCCUUCCGUCGGUACCUCCUCCCCCUGUUUGUUUGUGAUCUUCUUCCGUUCUCCGUUCUCCUGCGGCACCGCAGGCUGUCCUCGCCAGCGUGCCGCCGUCCUGUCUCGCGUACCAUGUGGAUUGGAUUGUGGAUUGCAAAGGAUUGUGAUAUGUGACAUUGUCUCGCAGUUUCAAAGCCUGUCCGUCCACAAUAUAUGUAC